CUUCUGAAACAGAGUUAAUUUCUGGUGGAUCUGAUAAACAGCUCAUUCUGUGGGAGUGGAAUGGAACAGGAGCAUGGAAUGACCAGCUUGUGAAAAGGGUUCCUCUCAAAGGCCAUGCUGAAGCUGUUUGUGCUGUGGAUGCUGUCUACCAGUCAGAUGAACCUGAUUUAAAACUGCUAAUAGCUUCUGCAGCUUCUGACUCUACUGUGAGAAUCUGGUCUCGACAUGGUUCAGAAGCUAAAUGCAUUGAAAUUCUGCAGUUUGGAAAUGGAUUUGUUAUGGAUGUCUGCUUAUCUUUCUUGCCUGGCAGCAAUGUACCAAUACUGGCUUGCGGUGGUGAUGACUGCAAAAUAAGUUUAUUUAUACAGCAGAAUGAUCAGUUUCAGAAAAUGUUAAUACUCCCUGGCCAUGAAGAUUGGAUAAGAGGCGUUGAAUGGGCAGCCUGUGGUGAAGACCUUUUCUUAGCAAGCUGUUCUCAGGAUUGCUUGAUCAGGAUUUGGAAAGUGUGUACAAAAUCAAAGCAACUUCCAGAAACUGAAGAUAAUUCCAUAAGACUGAAAGAGAAUACUUUUACUGUCAAAGAUACUGAUACAACAUAUGCAACUGCUUUGGAGUCUGUGUUGGCUGGUCAUGAAAACUGGGUGUAUGCUGUUCACUGGCAACCUUCAUUUUUCAAAGAUGGCAGCAUGCAACAACCAAUGCGGAUAUUGUCUGCAUCAAUGGACAAAACUGUGAUCAUCUGGGAACCUGAUAAGGAAUCUGGAGUCUGGCUAGAACAGGUUCGUGUAGGUGAAGUGGGUGGCAAUACCCUUGGAUUUUUUGACUGCCAGUUUAGUCCAGAUGGUGCAAUGAUCAUUGCUCAUGCUUUUCAUGGAGCAUUACACCUUUGGAAACAGGCUACGGGUAAUAAGAAAGAAUGGACUCCAGAAGUUGUGAUUUCAGGACAUUUUAACAGUGUAGAGGAUGUAAAGUGGGACCCAGAAGGAGAGUUUAUCAUCAGUGUUGGUUCUGAUCAAACUACUAGACUCUUUGCUCCAUGGAAAAGAAAACAAGAAACAGAGGUAACCUGGCAUGAAAUUGCAAGGCCUCAAGUACACGGAUAUGACAUGCGUUGUCUGGCAAUGAUUGGCCGGUUUCAGUUUGUGUCUGGAGCAGAUGAAAAAGUGCUUCGAGUUUUUCGUGCUCCCAAGAAUUUCAUAGAAAAUUUCAGUAACAUCACUGGUAUUCCAAUGGAGAAGCUGUGCUCCCACCAGUCAGCUGAUCUUCCAGAAGGUGCAACUGUGCCAGCUUUGGGAUUAUCCAAUAAAGCUGUUUUUGAAGGAGAUAUGGGUGUUCAACCAGCUGAGGAUGAAGAAACAUUUAAUACCAUUUCGAAUCAGUAUCCUGAGAUUUAUUUUCAACCCUUGAUCCUUACAGAACCUCCCCCAGAGGAUCACUUGCUGCAGAAUACCUUGUGGCCUGAAAUUCAGAAGUUAUAUGGACAUGGAUAUGAAAUUUUUUGUGUUGCUUGCAAUAAUUCAAACACUGUAAUUGCCUCAGCAUGUAAGGCUUCAAAAAAAGAACAUGCAGCAAUUAUUCUGUGGAGCACUGCUUCUUGGAAGAAACUGCAGAGUUUGUCAUUUCACAAUCUGACUGUUACUCAGCUGGCAUUUUCUCCUAAUGACAGAUUUUUAUUAGCAGUUUCUAGAGACAGGAAUUGGUCACUAUGGAGGAAACAAGGCUCAUCAGAGUCAGGACCAGUUUUCAGUUGCUGUGCAUACACAGACAAAAAUACAGCUGUUCACAGUCGAAUCAUUUGGUCUUGUGAUUGGACACCAGAUAGCAAGUAUUUUAUUACUGGCAGUCGGGACAGAAAGGUCAUUAUCUGGGGCCAUUGUGAUGUAUCUGUGAAUACUGAAGGGAAUAUGUUGGAUUCAAUCAAGCCCUGUUCAACAGUACUGGAUGCUGGGGAUUCUGUUACUGCUGUUAGUAGCAGCCAUGUGCUUACUCCUGAUGGAAGAUAUAUUGUUGCAGUAGGCUUAGAGAAUGGGAAGAUUACUUUGUACACAUGGAAGCAGAGUGAGCAAGAACCAGCACUAGCUGAUUGGACCACGUGUGUUGAGAUGGAUAACAGCCAAAGUCAUGCUCUUGCUGUGAAACGUUUAUGUUGGAGACAUCAUGCAGGCAGAGCUGGACAUAAUGAUCAGAACAACAGUGAGUGGUUGCAGCUUGCAAGUUGUGGAGCUGAUCACUGUGUUAAGAUAUUCAAUGUCAACAGAUUUGCUGUUUAGCAAAGGCAGCCGGCCUGUCUUUGCAGAAUGGAUUCACAACAUUUUAUUUCAGCUUUUGGCCAUUUUGAUUGGUGAAUUUUCCGCUUCCUGCUGUGGAAAGUGCAGCAUCUGACGUGUAACUUAUUAAAGCAACUUUUGUGGUAGUUUGAAAUGUCAAA